UAAAACAGGAGGCUAUCAAGGAAGGCAGAGUUCAUUCGUAUUUCUGUGUUGUUUCUUCACACGAGGAGAAAACCUCCUCUCUCUCUCUGGUUUCUCUCUCAUAACUCAUAAGUUUGGAGUAAUUGAUUGGAAAUUGUGAGCUCACGGAGCUGUGUAAUCUGGGGAAUUUUUGAGAGAUUUGAGAUCGGUAUCGUGGAUUUGAAGAUCGCAAUCGAUUUAAGAAACCUCGGAAUUCUUCUGUUUCUCUGCUGGAAGCGCUAUUUUCAGCACUGGAUUCUGCUUGAUUUUUUAGGCGUAUGUGACUUCAAUUCAUUCCUUCUAAAGUUUCUCUAGAGUUUCAGUCUGCUAGCAUCCAGAUUGGGAGACAAAGAUUUGGAGGACUCCGGCUUCACUGAUUUUUUUUCAGAUUUUAUCGGUAGAGAUUUUAGGUUGUAGUUGAGGAUAGCAGGUAUUUUGCAGACGUGACCUAAAGGGGGCGAUGGAGAGGAACAUUACCCACUCCACCAAUAAAGACAGCUUAUUGCUGAGAUCCGAAUCCAAGUCAGACGCUACGACGUCGUCCGACUUCGUAUUGCAGUGGGGCAACAGAAAAAGGCUACGCUGUAUGAAGUUCCAGACCAAGGACCACAGCGGUUCGGGCCCCGUUCAGCGGCCCACGACCCGGAUCGAUCGGCGGGUCGUCAGGUCGGAUCUCAGCAAGAGAGAAGAUCCGAAUUCGAAUCAGCUGCUCACUGGUAAGAGCAACGGCGGCGGCAACGGUUAUUUGAACCUCCGCCAGCGGGCGGCCUCUCCGGCUCAUCGAAUUUUGAGGAAUUCAGAGACUUCGCUUGGUAUGAGAGGACAUACCAACGUAGUAAGGGGAUUGACAUCCCCAGAGAGGGGUGGUACCACCGGCAAUAAUAAUAGUACCCACCUCCACAGUUGUACCAAGAACAAUAAAUCUAGUCAUCACCACGACAACCACUACCAACAUGGCGGCGGAGGUGGUGGCUCCGGGUCAUCCGGGACAGGCCACGAUGAGAAAAAGGGCGCCUCAUCCGACACCACCAUCGUGGCGGUGUGGCCUCCCAAGUUCGUGAUCGCCUUGACGAACAAGGAGAAGGAAGAGGAUUUCAUGGCGAUUAAAGGCUCAAAGCUUCCUCAGCGACCCAAGAAACGAGCCAAGCUUAUCCAGCGCACACUCAACGUAAGUCCUUCAUUGAUCAGAUCCCUUCUUGUUGAAUACUUGAAUCUUUGUUUUGUGUUAUCAAAGCAUGAAAAUUGGUAUUUUUAGAACUACUAUUUGUCUCUUGUGUUAGGUAAGGAAUUAUUCCAUCCGUUAGUGUUAUAAUCUGAAGUUAAAAGAUUGAUCUUGAUUCCUUGUCAUGGAUUGUAUUUUGUGGCUUAAAAUGACAAAAAACACCAAGCAUAGGAAAAA